UAUUUUUUGUGCAGUUCGUGUUCAAUGUCAAAAAUAGUUCAAAUCCCUUUCUAUCUGAUCCUUAUGAUCGUUGUUAUAUCCCCUCCUGAUAUUAACUUACUCUCUGGGGCUCCCUGGUAAACCAGGGGGUCAUGGCAGGAACACUAUUCGAAGAUAUCUUCGAUAUCAAGGAUAUCAACCCGGAGGGAAAGAAAUUCGAACGAGUUGACCGAAUUCAUUGCGAGUCUGAGUCCUUCAAGAUGUCCCUGAUCCUGGAUGUGAACACAUGGGUGCACCCCAUGGCACUGGGUGACAAAUUCCGCCUCUUGCUGUGCACCACGCUGCGCGAGGACGGCGCGCCCGACGAGGGUAAUUACACGCCGCUCGACUCUGCGCCGUCGCGAGCCGACACGUUUGAGUACGUGUGCUACGGCAAGGUGUACCGGAUCGACGCCGAAGAAGGGCCUGGCGACACGCUCUCGGCCUAUGUCAGUUACGGUGGUCUUCUGAUGCAGCUUAGAGGAGACGCUAACAACUUGUCAGCCUUUGAGAAGGACAUGAACGUCUACCUGCUCAUGAAGAAGCUUGCUUUCUAAGCGCGCUCAGAUGAACGUUGUACAGAUUUCUCUCGCUCUCGCUCUCGCUCUCUCUCUCUCUCUCUCUCGCUCUCGCUCUCUCUGCUUGUACAUAAUACUUAUUCUCAUCUCCCCUCAUCCUUGAACCCUGUUUUCUUGCGUACUGCUUUGCACAUAAUCCCCGUUUGUAAAUUAUAAUAGAGUGAUCUGUUCGAUGUUUUUUUCUUUUGACCCACAUGAAAUCUGUCUCGUCGUGUAAUCGUUCUUCCUGAGGCUCUGCAGGGGCUACAUUAAAAAUCUGAAUUUGA